CAAUUUAAAUGUGUACACUAUAGGGAAGCUUAGCACUUUAAUCAUAUUAAUAUAAUUUAUGUAUACUGAGUAGCAUUUUAUUGCCAUCUAUUCAAUUCGUAUUGCGGGAUUCCCCUAAACAUUACCACGCUCUCAAUUAAUUGCGUCACGUCUUUCCUUCCUUGUCUUCCGAUUCGUCGGCGCGCCUCCAAUGCUGAUCGUUGAUAUAUAUAGGCCUAUAUUUUUUUUAAAUUAAUGUUGGGUUAUUUUCAGUUUGGUUAUUCUGCAACGCUAUCAUCAUGGUGCAACUCGAUUGCCUAGAAAAGCCGCUGGCAUCUGUUUAUGGGCGUUAUGGCAAAUUCGUUGCUCGCCAUCCCAUCCCGUUUUUAAUAUUUCCAGUAUUAAUCACUAUCAUACUGGGUAUCGGUAUGAUAUACCUAGAUAAAACAACUGACAUAGAGGAACUGUUUACCCCGAGGAACGGAGAAGCUAAAGAUGAGCGUGAUGUCGUUGAAAGCCUGUUUGUCAGCGGGAACAAUCUAACUGUUAAUCGACUGACGACCCUAGGCCGCUACGGGCGAAUGAUUAUCGUCGCAAAGGACGGCGGCGAUAUAUUACGCGACAACAUUCUGGCGGAAUUGCACGAGCUACGCGGAGUGGUACAAAAUAUUUCAAUAAUUGAUGAAAAUAAGAAAUUGACGUUUGAUGAUAUUUGUUUGCAAUGGUUAGGAGAAUGCAACCGAAAUGAAUUUUUUCUCAUUUUUCCUGAUGGUGCUACAAGGAAUGAGAUCAAUUUUACAUACCCGAUGUACAAUAAUGCCUUCAUUGGCUCAACAUUUGGCGGAGUUGAAUUUGAAAGUGACACAGAUAUUGUUAGCACAGCCAUUGCGAUUCAGCUCAACUUUUACCUUCGGGUUGGUGACGCAAUUGCUGAUAAAUGGGAGGACAAAUUUCUAGAAACCAUAGAAUCAUUUGAUGGACGUUUGAUUGACGUUUACCGUUACACCUCUCGAUCUAUUGAGCAGGAACUUGAGAAUGCCAGCGAUGAGGUGUUCGCUUCUUUUGCAAUUGCGUUUACAAUUAUUAUCAACUUUGCCAUUUGGACCAGUAUUCGUCUUGACAACGUGCAGAAUAAGCCAUGGUUGGCUUUGAUGGGCGUGGCGUCUGCAGGAUUGGCAGUGGUGUCGGCUUUUGGCCUGCUGAUGUACUGUGGAGUACCGUUUAUUGACAUUGUUGCUAGCACGCCAAUUUUAAUAUUAAGCAUUGGCGUUGACGAUAUGUUCAUCAUGAUAUCAUCCUGGAGAAAGACGAAUGUCAGGGCGCCAGUCGACGAACGCAUGGGGGAAGCUAUGUCAGAAGCCGCUCUGUCCAUUACCAUCACUAGUGUCACUGAUGCUCUUGCAUUUGGCGUUGGGGUCCUUGCUGUCUUCCCGUCUGUCCAAAUAUUUUGUGCUUACACGGGGGUGGCGGUGCUUUUCGAUUAUCUCUACCAGGUAACUUUCUUUGCAGCGUGUAUGGCAAUUAGCGGCAAGAGAGAAAACGCUAACAGGCAUUAUGGUACAUGUUUAAGAGUUCGACCCAUGGAUGAAUCACCAAGCAAGUUCUAUGCUAUCUGUUGCUCCGGAGGCCCAUCUCGAAAGACAAGUGCCGACACCAGGGAGGAGUCUCCUCAUGCUGUGAUGGUCUUCUUCAGAGAUUUCUUUGGUCCAUUUGUCACUCACCCAGCCACAAAGGUCGUUGCAGUUAUCAUCUAUCUUGCCUACAUCGGUGUGUCCAUUUGGGGUAUAACUGAGCUGCAGCAAGGUCUGCAGUUGCGAAACCUGGCCUUGGAUGAUUCAUAUGUAGAACCAUAUUACGACUUAGAAGAACGAUAUUUCAAAGAGUAUGGGCCAAUUGUGUUCGUUGUAUUUCCAGAAGAAUUGAAUGUUUUGGAACCCGAGAUCAAUGACAAAUUUAUGACGAUAUUAGAAACAUUUGAGAAGUCAGAAUUCACUUAUGGUGAAAAUUUUACGGAUUGCUGGUUAAGAAGUUUCAUGGGUUUCCUUGAUGUCCGGAAUAUCUCCAGUAGUAACACUGAUUUGUUAGAUGUCCUAAGGAAUGAAUUCCUUGUGAAUCCCUCAUUCGAGCGUUUUUCGAUGGAUGUUGUAUUUGGGGCUGAUGGAGCCAUCCUUGCAUCGAGGUGCCUAGUAACAACUGAAGACAUUAACACUUCGAAUAGAGAACGGGACAUGAUGAUUAACAUGCGUGACAUUGCUGACCAAUCAAAUUACAAUAUCACGGUUUAUCAUCCAGCAUUUAUCAUCUUUGAUCAAUACACUGCAGUUUUAUCAAACACUUUGCAAAAUCUUGGUAUUGCAUUAGGUGCAAUGCUGCUGGUCGCUCUCAUAUUUAUUCCUCAGCCUAUUUGUUCAGUGUGGGUAGUGUUCUGCAUACUCUCCAUAGAGACAGGUGUGAUUGGGUUCAUGAGUCAUUGGGACGUUAGCUUAGACUCAAUCUCGAUGAUCAAUCUUAUUCUCUGCAUUGGAUUCAGUGUAGAUUUUUCAGCUCACAUUGCUUACACUUUCACAGUUUCAGAGGGCUCCACCAAGAAUGAACGCAUCAUCAAAACUCUAUAUUCACUGGGUAUGCCAAUCUUACAGGGAGCCUUGUCUACCGUCGUCGGGAUUGCUGUACUAUCGUCCUCAAAUGGUUAUAUCUUCCGUAUCUUUUUCAAGACCCUGUUCUUGGUCAUCAUGCUAGGCUUACUUCACAGCAUGUUUUUCCUCCCAAUUCUUCUGACAUUACUCGGAGGUGGUUCAAAGAGCGGCACAGUGGCCGUCACCAGUAAGACAGACAGUAAGAAGGAAAGUGCAUCAGGAUCACCACACACUAAUGCGUAUCAGAAUGGCGCUUAUGAUGUACGCGAAUAAUGCGUUACGGUAGUACCGUACUGUAAAUAGUGGCUCUGACACUAGUUGACAUCUUAAUCAGUUUCAUGCAGCAUAAUAUAAAGAUAUUUAUCUGUGUUUUGAAGUGAAAUACCUUACACCUAUUUACACAUUAGUUCGGCAACAAACAUUUCACGUUAACUAUUAUAUAAUUUGGUAAGUUUGCUAAUAUAAUCCCUUAAAAUGUAAACAACAUAUGUAUCCAUCCAAUGGCGAGAGCAUCAAUUUGUAGAGACACGCUUUCUGACUCACUCACAAACGACAUUAUUCUUUUACGUCACACAGCAAUUCUGAUUCAAACACAAUGGUUGUCGUCUAUGUAACGUAGGGUAUUUAAAAUGUAAAUAACAUUAUCAUAAACAUUUUAUUUUUUGUAUUGUUAUUGUGUGGGGUAGCUAAUAUUUCGCGGCAAAUUCUGACUCAGAUAUGUGUCCUAUCUGAGACAGCUAUAGCAUAUAUAUAUAUAUAUAUAUAUAUAUAUAUAUGCAUAUAUAUAAUAUAUAUAUAUACAUACAUAUAUGUAUACAUACAUAUACAAACAAUAUAUACAUACAUA